UAGUUUCUGCAGCAGCAGUACACAUGGGACAGAAAGUCAUCCAACCAGCUAUCCAGAUAGUUGUGAUGGUUUUAAAUCUUUCACAGUUUCUGAUAUGCAGCUGAAAGAGAUGGAGAAAGUUUCUCGCCGGCCGAUUAAAGUUGACGAGGAGAAGGAAAACGGACAAAGUCUUCUGCUGGUGGACGAAAACGAAAGCUUGCAGGUUAAGAACGAGGCCCAUUUUUGCCAAAAGUUAGGAUGCAGCGCCGCGCAAGGAGUCAAAGUUCUUUCAAUUUUCGGCAAUACGGGUGAUGGCAAAUCCCACACUCUCAACCACGUGCUGUUUGAUGGCGAGGAGGUUUUUGCCACAUCUCCUUCUCCGACAUCCUGCACAGUGGGCGUAUGGGCUGCUUACGACCCGCAAUUGAAGCUGAUAGUGCUGGAUACGGAAGGUCUGCUCGGUGCUGCCAGUCAGCAGAACCGCCGCAUGCGUCUGCUGCUGAAAGUUCUGGCCGUAUCAGACGUGGCUGUGUACCACACGCGGGCAGAGAGGCUGCACAACAAUAUGUUUCAAUUCCUUGGCAGUGCGUCAGCUGCUUACCUCAAGCACUUCACCCCUGAGCUACGGGCCCUCUCCAGCCGCUGUGGUCUGGACGUGCCUCUCUCCAGCCUUGGACCUGCUGUUAUAGUUUUCCAGGAGACCUUGCGUACUCAGCUGCUGGGCCAGGAUGGCGAUGUCCCGGGGUAUGCAGACAUCAUGCUGCAGAAGCGUUUUCAUGACUUGGGUCAGUGCACAGACGCCUUCAACUCAGUUCAUUAUGUGGGCACGCAGACCAUCACUCACCCUACAAACUACUCCCAGCUACUGCAGAUAGUCACUCAGCAAGUGAACAACACCGCCACACGAGCCCCACGCCAGCCUGCUAUUGUGUUCAGUGCAUUGCAGGCCUUGAGCAACAGGUUCUGUGGAGAGAUUUCAGAUGACAAAAUCAGCAUAUGCUCCUUCUUUCCUGAUGAAUAUUUCACUUGCCCUUCAGUCUGUCUCAGCUGCAAUGUUCGAUGUAAGAACGGCAUGAACCACCAGAAAGACGGGGCCCCUCACAUGGCUGAUGGUCUAUGCCAGUAUGCCCACCAUUACAACAAUAAAGUUCUCAUCUGCCAGAGGUGCUAUAAGAGUGGAAGGGAAGUGAUUGUAAUCCCCAAAACAUCUGCCUCUGCAGAUAAUUCAUGGCUUGGACUAGCAAAGUUUGCAUGGUCCGGCUAUGUUUUAGAGUGUGCCAGCUGUGGCAUUAUCUACCGGAGUAGACAGUACUGGACGGGGAACCAGGAUCCAGAGUGCAGUGUGGUACGGCCUGAGGUCAAGCAUGUCUGGCAGGGGACUGAUACUUUCCAGACAGACCAUCAGAAUGCCGCUCAGCGGGUUUUGGAUGGUGUGACUUAUAUAAUUCAAUCAGUGACUGAAUACAGCUCAGGCCCUACCAAAGCUGUCACUACCUGGCUCACAGACCAGGUGGCGCCACCCUACUGGAAACCCAACGUUGAAAUCCUUGAAUGUCAAGGCUGUAAGCGAGCGUUUGAGGAAGCAGAAAGGAAACACCACUGUCGGGCAUGUGGAGAGGGUUUCUGUCAGGCCUGUUCCACCCACAGCAUGCCCGUACCUGAGAGGGGCUGGGGUGGCACCCCUGUACGAGUGUGUGAUGCCUGUUACCGGCAAGUAGAAACACAACACACUGGACAGGUUGCCCAGACGGAACCUCGAACACUUGUCGCCCGGAGAGUGACGGAAGUUGCUCAGUCCACUCUUGAUAUGGUCUCCACUGCAGUGGACUACCCCCUCUGUUUUGUGAAGAGAGUUGUGAGACCAGACUAUUGGGUCCCGGAUCAUGAGAUCACCCAGUGUCACUGUUGUAAUAAGCCCUUUACCCCCAGCAUGUCCAAGCAUCACUGCCGGGCUUGUGGGAAGGGAGUCUGCGGGAACUGCUCCACUAAGACCAGGCCUGUGCCCUCCCGCGGCUGGGAACAUCCAGUGCGAGUGUGUGACAGCUGUGCCAGCCGAGGGGAUUCUCUUUGACUCUUUUACAUGCUGGAGACCUUGAUGUUUGUAGAUUGUUUCCAGGCCUUAUAUGGAUUGUUCACCCAAAAAUGAAAACUCUCUCGUCAUUUACUUACCCUUAUGCCAUCCCAGAUGUGAAUGACAUUCUUCUGCAGAACACGAAGAAAGAUUUUUAGAAGUAUAUCUAGAAGUAUAAUCUUUAAAAAGAAUAUUUAGGCAGCAUAAAUGUAAUCUAUAUGACUGCAGUGGUUUAAUCCAUGUCUUCUGAAGCGAUCCAAUCGAUUUUGAUUAAAACCAACCGAUUUUUUUUUUUGUGUCAUCUGUCAUUGCAGUCUCUAGGUACGAUCGUGAUUUUAAUCUUGAUUACGCUUCCUAGUGCUUGACGCAGAGCGCUAGAUGGCACUAGGAAGUGUAAUCGAGUUUGAUAUCAUGAUCGCCAAGGAGACUGCUGAUGUCAAUAUUUAUAGUGAAAAUUUAGUUCUCACCUAAAACCUACUGGAUUGCUUCAGAGGACAUGGAUUAAACCACUGGAGUCCAAAUGGAUUACUUUAAUGCUGUCUUUAUCUGCUUUUAGGAGCUUUAAAAGUUUGGACCCUGCUCACUGUCUGCAUUGCAUUGUAUGGACCUACAGAGCUGAGAUAUUCUUCUAAAAAUCUUUGUUUGUGUUCAACAGAAGACAGAAAGUCACACACAUCUGGGAUGGCAUGAUGGUGAGAAAAGGAUGAGAUUCAUUUUUGGGUGAACUAUCCCUUUAAACAGUGUAGUUACAGGCUAGUGGGAAGAUGAAACCUAUACAUGCAGUUGUAUAGAUAAACACUCAAGCUCUUCAGAGCAUUAGGCUGAGUCUCACAAAGUCAUUUGAAAUAUAUAAAUAUAAUUGCUUAAGAAAAGUAAGCCUAUUUUAUGAUUUCAUUACAAUUAAGCACAUUUUCCAAACAAAUUUUCAUUACCGUAAUGCAAAAACAAGGUAAUUCUCAUUGCUGUAAAGUAGCAAUGAAAAUGAUCUUGUCUGGACAUGUAUUAAAUUUGAAGAAUGUAUCUAGAAUUUACAUCCCAGUUAAUGUACUUUAUUGUGUUAAUCCUGUGAGCUAAUAUACCGCAUCGCAUUUUAAAAUCUCGGUUUAACUUAAGUGCCUUUUCUGAAAUUACGGCUGCACUUUAUCUCAACUUUAUUGAUGGUCUUAAUGUUAUUUAGUUUAAAGCUAUAAAAUCUCAUCCAAAAAGAUGCAAACUAUACAUUAAGUGCAGCUGUAUAUAAAGUGUAUGAAACUUGAAUUAUUAAACAGCAUUUAGAGUGCCUAAAGGAUCUCAACUUCACGUAUGUGGUGUAAACUUGAGAAAUCGUGACGCAUGAUUUCACUAUAUGGGUGUGUAUGAUAAUUAAUGCUGAUUUAACACAGGAAACGAAAUGUUGAGUGGUUACAACACGAUUAUAUCAUUGAUAUGUACAGCCACCAAAAUGGCUUGCAUAAGGCACUUUAUUCAUAUUUGGAUUAAGAGAAUCACUAGGAAUUUCUUAACUACAAGGUUUAUUUUCACAAUUCCACUUCUAUACUUUGUAACGUUUUUCAUUAUUUUUUUUUUUUAUCUGGAAUAGAAUAUUUCAUUGUUCUAGUAAAAUUAUCUGCAUUUGACAAUCCUGUAAUUUUAUUUUGAUUGGCCAGGACUGUUUCUAAGGCUUUUCAGAACAUUAAAGCUAUUUAA